CGUUGGUCUGCCAACCGCCAAUAAAACUCAAAAGAAGAAGAAGAAGAAGAACAAACCGGACUUGGUCAUAUAGGGCGGGACGUUUUUAAAUUCGUGUGGCUCCGUUUUGACUGUUGACAAACUCACAUUAAGCGUUAUAAAGAUCGUUUCUCCAUAUAGGUGCAUUUCUCAUUGCUGGCUUUGUAUUCAUUGCACAACAGAUAGAGAAAUGUCUUCAAAAAUUCCAAGGGGUUUCCAGGUACCCGCAGAAACUAAGAAAACAGGUCAUAAACUUGAACCCAGAGACACAGCAACUGCAAUGGCAACAGCAAAUGCUGCACACAAAUCAGAUGCUAUCCUUAAACCUCAAAAAGAAAACGUGCAAAGGAAAAAUGUUGCUCCUAAAGUUCACAAAGGGGUCUCCACCAGGUACGGGCAACAGGCGGAGCUCAAGGGGCAAAAUCAGCAUCUGAUGGCCACCAAUGAGGAGCUGCAGAGAAACCUCACAGAGUCACAGCAAAGAGUGGCUGAGUUGGAGCUGCAGUACAGGGAGAUUGAAAAGGAGAAUGCAGAGGUACAGAAAAACCUGAAAGACUGUCACAUACUCCUAGUCGCGGCCAAUAUAGACCCAGUUUUAGGAGAAAGAGUUGGAGAAGCUACACGACAAAAUGAAGAUCAAAGAAAAGAAGUUAUGAGUGUUUCUGCAGACCUGCUGAAUGAGUUAAAUCAGUUUGGAGACACUGCAUCACAGCAACGUGCUCAGCUAGAGGAAAUCCAAACAACAAUGACAGAAAUGGCUAAUACACGGGAGCGUGUGAUGCAGGAGAGGGAGAACUUUUCCCUGGAGGCCGCUGAAAUGGAAAGAGCUCUGAAGGAAGCAGAAGCUCUCUUGUCGUAAAAGUGUAUUAUGAUGCCUUGAUUUCUUAACAUUAGCAUAAAAAAUGAAAGUGUAUAUUAAUGAAUAAUAUGAGUUUAACUGUAAGUGUGAGUGAAGCUAAAUAAAUGAGUCUUAUAUCAUA